AUGAAUACCUGCACGGGUCAUCCUGAUGCACGUGAGCUCCAGGAUCAGCUCUUUCAACUGAAGAGAAAGUUCAAAGAAGUCAAAAAACGCUACAGACAAGAGAAAGAAGUAUGGAUGAAAGAAAAGGAAAUGAUACUGAGGGAAGUUGCCGGAAUCCAAGCUGAUGAAAACAGAAGAAUUUUGCUAGAUCUCAAGUCUGUUUUGGAAGGUGUUCAGGCUGAAAUUAACAAAGAGGAAGAUCAAAAGGCAAAGCUGCAGCAUCAGUAUUCUAAGGAUAAACAUGGCUGGGAAUUAGAGAGAAAAAAACUAAAUUGGCGUAUUGAACAGCUAGAAGAAAAGAAAAAUAAACGGUGCAUGGAAACAACACCUCAAGAAACAAGGAAAACAUUUGAGACAAAGCAGCAGUGUUUGUUGGCAACCAUGGAUCUGCAAAAGCAACUGGAAAACAGCGAGAGAAACUGGAGCAUGGAAAAGAUGGAGUUACUUAAGUGCUUUGAUAACGAAAGAAAGGAAUGGGAAAGUCAACUGAAGGAUAUGCAGAGGAAGAUAGAGCAGAUUUACUGGGAUGUAAAUUCAAGACAGGAAUGUCAAUUACAUGGACAAAGAAAAAACACAGAAGAUGAUUGGGUCCCUACAGAUCAAGGCGGAGGAAAGAAUACACAUGACUCAUUGUUCAUUGAAGAACUAUCACUCAAAAGUUUUGAAAAAGAUGGUCAUGGUCAAGAUUUGGGAAGUACAGAGAAUGAUAAAAAAUACUCUAGUGCAAUGAAUGCAGCUUUACAAGAAAUAGCAAAAGUAAGUGAAGAAUUAUGCAGGUACCAGGAGGAAAUCCAGAAAAAAAUGAGCACCAGAAGAACAAAGUCCGAUCCAUAUCUGCAAGCAUGCCAAGAGAAAAGUAAUGGAAGUAUAUUAUUAAGAAAUGAAACUUCCUUAGAUGAGAAAAACUGCGUGUCAAAUGGUAUAUUUAAAACAUUUCACCCUACACUUUCACAACAUCAAAAACGUUCUGAAGAGCUACAUAAUGAGGUAAACUGGAAUCACUCCACCUGGGAUAAAUAUGGAAUUUCUGCUGAACUUUCAGGAGGAAAUGGUGUAAAUGAUACUUCUCCCACAAGAGGAAAAGCUCCACCGGUUCCACCAAGGACAUCCUCUCUGUAUCUUGCAAGUUCCUUCUUGGUAUUUCCAAAGGAUCAUGAGGAUGCUUUGAAGGAGGGUAACAGUAACUAUGAAAUACACAGUCACAUUGCAGGAAAAAGUUGCAGUGGCCCUAAUGAAGUAAAGCUGCAGGAAUAUGGACAGGAAGUUCUUAAAGAUGGAAGGGAUUUUAAAACUUUAGGACCUGUAUCAUAUUUAAUUAGUGGUGCUAAAGGCAGCAAGGAUAAUUGCAGCCAGUGGUCAUGUGAUGCAACUGACAUAGUAACUGAAAACCAAUAUAUUGGUUCAAAAGUAAAGUUGUCUUCAGAUAAAAGUCAGGUGUUGUCAAUGCAAGAGCAAAGACUGAGUAAAAAUUCCAGGCCAAGAAAAUCUGUGUCUACAAAAACUAAUCCAGCAGGGAGUAACUUUCCAAGGUCUUCAAAGGCAACAGGAAUAUUCAAUACCAGUAGUGUGUAUCUACAGUCUGCAAAGGAUGUACCAUCAGGACAAGGUGAUAGCUUCGGAAAAGCCGAAAUUUGUGACCCCAUUGUGUGUGGAAAAUCUGUGGUGCAGAGUGCAACAAAUCCUGGCCAAGGAUCUAGCUUUGCAAUUCAUUCUGUAAGAAAUGUCAAUGCUACCGGCCAACUUCCUUUAAAGCAUGCGGCUUAUGCAGUUAGACCCCAUAAGCCACUGUCCAUCACCAAUGCAAAAAUAGCUGAACCGAAGCAUUGCCAUGGAUUUCCUCAUCAGACAGUGGAUUAUGAUAAAAGGCACACGUUUGACAAAGUUGACAUGAUUCCAAAUAAUUUUUCCAAUCCAACACAUUCAUGGGAUGCAAGGUCAAAUUUUGAUAUUGGUCAGGCAACAGUGAGAAACAGUGAAAGAUCAUCAAGUCCUUCCUUUCAAGUGAAGAACAAAGUUUCAAGUUUUGCUGAUGAUAGAACAAAGCAACACACAUCUUGUUCUGAUGCAUCACAUGAAAAUUCAAAUAGGAUUUCCGAUCUUUUUCAAAUAAUUCACCUGAAACAAGAAAACGAGAUGGAGAAAAAAUCACGACAAUCCCAGAGGGCCUCAGGACAGCAACUUUCAUUGCCUGCGACUUUGCUGCCCGUGAGAUUGAAUGGGAUGAGUUUCUCGCGUCCUGCUAGACCACAAAACCGCCGUUUACCUUCACGAUGGGCAACAAGAUCACCAUCUGCACCAGCUGCACUUAAGCUACCUUCACAGAGAAACACUCAAGCUUUCCGAUUUGAUAUAAAAACUUCAGUGAUAUAGUGUUACAAUGCCCCUUACAGAUUAACAGGUAUUAUAAUGGCUUUCCUAAAUAAUGCUACAUUUCAUUCCUACAAAACAUUCUACAGUAUGUAUUCUUCAACUAAUCUCAACAUAAGGAAAAGAUUGUUGAAAUUAUGAUUGGUAGUCUCCAGUAAUCUAAACAUUUCAUAAUCUAAACAUUUUGCAUAACUAUCAAUUAACUUGUUAUAACAAAUUAAUGUUUCCGAUAUUUAUUUUCCAACCGAUUAAUUCAGUGUUAUUUUAAAAUGUUCACUAUAACAUUGUAUUUUGUUGCAAACUUGUAUAUCAGCUGUAUUCUACGAAGAGCAGAAAGCUCAGUUAUUUGCAUGCUAAUGUGUUUGUUUAUGCAUGAAUAGUUGAAGCUGUGUCUGUGCACAUUUAGGGGACAGUUGGUAUCUAUAGUAUAUGUUCAUGGUGAGCAGCAGUUUAAUUAUAGGAAGCAUAAAAUAGAGCAAGAAGACAGUCUCAUUAUUUAAGUUUAAAUAUGUCUUAUUACACAAGGCACUUUGAAGAAUAAAAUGUUGCUCUUAGUUAAGCCUGUUUUCAAAUGUAAAAAAAACAGUAAAUGUACAAUA